UUAUUUUCGAAAAUACGCCGCUAGGUUUCGUUAUGUUCGCUGAAGUCAGGUUUAUAACGUCAUAUUUUUCAUUGAUAAUUGUUGACAAUACUGCAUCAUUAGCAAUUGUAUUGAUGUUUUUUUAAUUUAUAAAAAGUAAUAUUUAUUUAAAAAUGGUAAAGAAAUGCAUUGUUCAUGGGUGUAUAAGUGGACGAGUCAAGGAUCGUAAUAAGAAUGCUAAAUUAAAUCGGAGAAAUACGUCUUUAUUCACUGUACCACAGGCAAUAUAACCUUAAUUGAUAGUUAUUAAUUACUAAUAUAAAAAAAUGCAAUGAUGCAAAUGGCACCCUGAUCUGGAUAAAAUUAUGGAGUAGUGGAUUAAACCAGCAAUUAAUACCAAAAAAACAAUACACAAAGAAUGCAACUACGAAUAUUUAAUGACGUCUCACCUUAAUCAAGAUCAACUGGAAAAAUAUUUUGGUAUCAUGAGAAGUAUUUAUCGCUGUAAUGAUCAUCCAGACACCAUUCUAUUUGGACAGGUUUUCCGAUUACUCUGUUCAUAUUCGCUAGUCACCCCUCCAAAAGGGUCUAAUGUCACGGCUUGUGAGCUUCUUCAGUCAUUAAUGCAAACAAAGGAAUCUCUGAUUGUAUCGAAUUCGUUAAAAAAAAAUUGGCUUAAUGACAUUGAUGCAAUUAUUGAGAAUGGUAUUGUGAAUCACGAAAACUCAUGUAGUGAAAAUAUUAAUGAAUUCGUAGGUACUAAGACAAUUAAAAUAAAUACAGUGAACCAGAUUUUGGAAAAAAUUUCAAAGGCAAAAUUUUUACCAAUGUUAGGCUGUGAUAAACAUGUCAAAGAACUUAUGGCUAAAAUUUUAAAUAAUUUUAUCAUCAUGCGUGGAAAUUUCUUAGUAAAUUUAAUUAAUCGUACUUUAAACGAUCGGAAGUUGAAAACAAAAAAACUUCGUAAAUACUCUAAACUGUCAUAA